AUGAAUGUAUUUUCUGGCUAUUCGUCAAAUAUAUUAACAAUUAAAAAUUUUCCAUUAAUAUUCAAUGAUAACGAUCGACGAGAAUUUUUAGAACAUUUCGGUGUUGUUCGUGUAUGUUGUUUAACUCGAUUUAAAAACAUAUCAAAUAUUAUUGUUGCUGAUUUUGGUUCAAGUUCACAAGCUUCGCAAGCGCUGAGACGUUUACAUCAACUGGAAAUACUUGCUCGUCGAUUAGUUGUAGAAAAUUGUCCAUUAGAAUUAGCUCAGUUAGCUUUCAAUAGUGCUCCACAAUCUUCGGAUGAUGACGAAGAGAGUGCUUCAUUGCAUGGUAUUUCACCAGGUAUAAAUCAAAUUCGUUAUUCAUUACCAUCGGAAAGACUUACAUACGCUUAUCCACCUAUUAAUGAUAUAAUUUUAAUGAAUAUAAACAGUGCACUAUUAUCAGUGCCAUCGUUUUACACUCAGGUUCUUCAUCUUAUGAAUAAAAUGUCUCUCCCAUGUCCAAUAGUUGCUGAUUCAACGCAACCUGAACGAAUUUUAUCAAAAAUUAGUGUUGCAUGUCAAACAGAUGAAAUGACUAAGAUCGAAGUAAUCAAUAUGGAUACAGAUGAAGAUGAAAGUGAAAUUGAUGAUGGCGAAGAAGAACAACGCGUCAAACGACACCAUCGAUACAUUUUACGAACACCAAUUCAUCAAGGAACUGUUCCAACAAUACGAACAAACCUGAAUGUUAAUACUGAGAAAAUCAAAAAGGCACCAAUCCAACUAAAAUUACCUCCAAUGUUAAAUUCAUCUCGAAUAGAAGUUAAUAAUUCAAUACCAAUGGAUAUUCCUAUGCAAGGCUUUGGUCGAUUAGAAGCCAUUCAAUCAACCAUUACAAAUAUUAGUAUUGUAAAUCCAGAUAAAAAUCAACUUCAACCUCUCCGAUUAAUUCCACUUGAAGAAAUACGAAAGCAUCGUUUGAGUGAAAAUCAAUUGCGUCUAAUUGAUAAUGGUCGUUUAUAUAGAAAUUAUGAACGUGGUCAAACAUCACAACGUCUCUAUAUAAAAAAUCUUGAAGUCAAACAUGUUGAUGAACGUCUAUUACAUGCAAUAUAUGAUCGAUAUAAACAGGAUUCUUCUGAAAUUGAGAUAAUUCUUAUGCGUGAAGGUAAAAUGAAAGGUCAAGCAUUUGUAACAUUUCCUAAUGAAGCUAUGGCUUUACAAGCAUUGAAUGAUACAAAUGGUUUUAUUUUACAUGAAAAACCAAUGAUUGUACAAUUUGCUCGAACAGCAAAACCAAAAGAUAUUGUCGUCUAG